AUGGCCUCCAGCAUUGGAAAUGAAAAGAGUGUGAAUCCUGUUCUCCGAAUAAGUCAACUUGAUGCUCUCGAACUAAACAAAGCCCUGGAACAACUAGUGUGGUCCCAGUUUACUAGCUGUUUUCAUGGGUUUAAACCAGGGGUGUUGGCUCGUUUCGAACCAGAAGUAAAAGCGUUUUUGUGGCUUAUAUUGUGGAGAUUCACUAUCUAUACCAAGAAUGCAACUGUGGGACAGGCUAUUCUGAAUAUUCAAUACAAGAAUAACUUAUCUCAGACAGAGAAAUACCAACCUCUGAGCAAACACCAGAAGUUAUGGUAUCUUAUCUUCACUGUUGGUGGAGGAUGGUUGGAAGAAAGAUGUUAUGACUUAUUUAGCAAUUGUCAACUGCAAUCUUUCUGCAAAAUUAAACGUUAUAUUAACUUUGGAGCUGGACUUCUUAAACUUGGUGGACUUCUAAAUUUUCUGAUUUUUCUUCAGAAAGGAACAUUUGCAACACUUACAGAACGCAUUCUAGGAAUUAGGUCGGUUUUUUGCAAGCCACAAAGUGUUCGUCAGGUAGGAUUUGAAUACAUGAACAGGGAGCUCUUAUGGCACGGCUUUGCUGAAUUUCUGAUCUAUCUGCUUCCACUUAUUAACGUACAGAAACUAAAACUUAAAAUUUCUUCCUAUUCUUUGCCUAUUACAGGUCUUUCCAAUAGUGAAAACACAUUAGCGGCUCGCUGCAAGGAGUGUUCACUGUGUGGGGAAUGGCCUACCAUGCCUCAUACCAUAGGCUGUUCACAUGUUUUUUGUUACUACUGUAUUAAAAGUAACUAUUUAUUUGAUAUGUAUUUUACAUGUCCUAAAUGUGGCUCAGAGGUACAGAGUCUUCAGCCACUGAAAUAUAAAAUUGAAAUGACAGAAUUGCAUGCCUGAUAGGGAAUUGAUUUGAGUUUAUACUAUACAUGAAAUAUUAUGUUGCAGAGAUUAAUGGAAAAAUUGAGAAAUUAUUGUAAAGAGAUGGCUUAAAGA